CACCGCAGUAGCCACUGCAAAGAUUAUUGUUUUUUAAUCUAAAGCGAUCAGAAGGGAGUAGGAAAUAAAAAAGAGAAUGAAAUGUUUUCUCCUCAAUUAUUCGGCUCUUCAUCUUCUGCCUGCUCCGGAGCAAGCAUAUUCAGUUCAGCAUUCGCCUCUGGACCCCCUUCAUCAACUUCAAGCUUUUCUGGAACAACUGAUACUUUUGGGUUUGGGUUUCGAGAUUCUUCCCAAUCAUCACCCAGUAGAAGGGAUUUCCCUCCUCGAUUCACUGUUUUCUUUCUUUGCUUAUAUCAGCGCAAAGUCAACUGUCACUACACCCGUGAACGAGAAACCAUUGACGGAUACUGAAGAUGAUUUGAUAAAGAGAAUAAGUUUCUUAAGUGGAUUUAUGAUGGCUUUCAAGGACCAAAUUCACACUGAUAUAAAGCUUAAGCCUAACAAUGGCCCCUGCAUUUCAGCGCACAAAUCUUUACUGGCAGCAAGAUCAGAAAUCUUUAAGAACAUACUAAGCUCAGACAACUGCAAGGCUCCACCGACCGAUACUGAUACGAUCACUCUAUCAGAGUUAAGCACCGAAGAGCUCAAGUCCUUCCUAGAGUUUCUUUACACUGGGGAUUUGCCUGCCGAUAAGUUUAAGAAGCAUGUUUAUGCGUUAUAUGUUGCAGCUGAUAAGUAUGAGAUUCCGUACUUACAAGAGUCGUGCGAGCGAUACAUGCUGAAUUCCUUGAAUGCAUCAAACGCUCUCGAUACUUUAGAUAUAUCGAAUUUGCAUUCGAAGAAGAAACUGAAGGAAACAACUUUGAACUUCAUCGUCCGGAACAUGAAGAGCAUAGUUUCGUCGCAGAAGUAUGAAGAAUUUGCAUCCAGCAACCCCCAUCUUUCUGUUGAGGUUACAAGGGCGUUUGUUGAGGCCAAAUUUUGAUGGAAGAGAUGGGAACGGUAAUAACAUGCAGCCAAUGGUAUGGAAACAAUGUCUAAACAUCAAUGUAACUAUGACUUUUAGAACAAAUUUUCCUUUUCGAUGAAUCGCAGUAUUAGUAUGUAUGUCUAUAUUGACCAAAUACUUUCAUAAACUUGGUAUAUAUACAAAAAGGAAUGUUGUUGGAA